UUUUUUUGUAGCCGUUUAGAAAAAGAACAAAAAGAAUGGAUGGAGAAAAUUGCUCCUCCUUGACUGAAUUCCACGUCUUAGGAAUUACUAAUAACGCUGAGAUCAAAGUGACCAUAUUCACCUUGUUUCUGAUUGUUUAUCUCAUUAUUCUUACGGCAAAUCUUGGAAUGACCAUUUUAAUUAGAAUGGACUCCCAACUUCAAACACCAAUGUACUUUUUCCUCAGCCACCUCUCCUUCUCUGACCUCUGCUAUGCCACAGCAACUGGGCCCAAGUUGCUGGUGGACCUCUUAGCCAAAGACAAAUCCAUUUCCUUCUAUGGCUGUGCUCUGCAGUUCUUCAUCUUCUGUAUCUUUACAGAUUCUAAGUGUCUCCUGCUGGCAGUGAUGGCCUUUGACAGGUACAAGGCCAUUAGCAACCCUUUGCUCUAUACUGUCAGCAUGUCCAGCAGGGUGUGCUUCGUGCUAAUGACUGGGGUUUACCUGGUGAGCAUGAUGGAUGCUUUGAUACAUAUGUUAACUUUCCACUUAUGUUUCUGUGGGUCAAGUGAAAUCAAUCAUUUCUUCUGUGAUGUCCCUCCUCUUCUGUUGCUAUCUUGUUCAGAUACGCAGGUCAAUGAGUUAGUGAUGUUCACCAUUUUUGGCUUAAUUGAACUGAGUACCAUUUCAGGAGUUCUUGUCUCUUACUGUUACAUCAUCCUCUCAGUCUUAAAGAUCCACUCUGCUGAGGGAAGGUUCAAAGCUUUCUCCACCUGCGCCUCUCACUUAACUGUUGUUUCAAUUUUCCAGGGAACUAUGCUUUCUAUGUAUUUCCGACCAAGUUCUUCCUACUCUCUAGAUCAAGACAAAAUGACCUCAUUGUUUUAUACACUUGUUAUUCCCAUGUUAAACCCACUGGUAUACAGCCUAAGAAAUAAGGAUGUGAAAGAGGCUCUGGAAAAGCUGAAAAAUAAAACACUGUUUUAA